UAGUUCCUCUAAAAGCAGUUUUCAUGAUUAUUUGUUUUCUCUAUCUGGUGCAGAAAUCAACUUGCCUGAUAACCUAAAAGGUGAGGUGACCAGAGCAGUAUCCAUCUGUGGGCCAUGCUCUGUGGAGCGAGAGCAGCCAAAGCCUCUAUGUGCCCUGCUGCCUUCCUCUAAGGAGCCCUGCACAGUCUAUGAAGUGAGUCAGUCAAUCACAUCAAUCAGCAGGAGUCAAGAAAGCCUCAAAAUCACUACUGUCCGCACGGAGAUGGAUGGUGAUGACCUUUGUGCUGCAGUCCUGUUGGCUUGCCUCUUCUGUCAUCCGUUGGACUGUUUAUUGGCCAUGAUGAGAGGAUGUAACGAGUGUGUUUGGUCGCUUUGCUCAUCGUUGUGCGGCUGCGAGCCCCGCACCCUGCAGCCUCUCUUAGACAUCACCCACCACUGUGACCUCUGUGGGUGUCUGGGUGUUCGCUGCUUGCUGUGCGACUGUCCUGCCUGCGACAUCUGCCUUCAGGCUACAGAGUGCCUGGACCUCGCUCUGGAAUUCUCUCAAAUGCUUUACCACUAAUGCUCACUGUAAGCAAAUAACCACAUCCAGACAUGAACCAGUGGGAAUCAUUUAUUUGUUAAAAUCUUCCAAAAGCCAACUUGUCGGGGCAAGACAACAG